CCCCGGCGCGCCCGGCCAUGGCGCGGCCCGUCAAGGCUGCCCCCCGGCCGGCUGCGGCGGCGGCGGCGCCGACGGACAGCGGCAACAGCAGCGACGUCGACGACGACACGCUCAUGCGCGAGAUUGCAGCCCUGGGCGGCAGCAAGGAGGACCUCGAGCUGGUCGGCCGGGGCAAGACGAAGGGCAAGGGCAAGGGCAAGGCCGAGGAGGAGGCCGAUGAUCCACGCCUCGGAGACGACGUCAUGUCGUUCAUGAAGCAGCUCAACUUCAGCGCCGUGGCGCCCAAGGCGGAGCCGCCCAAGGCCAAGCCGGCAAAGGAGAGCGCAGCCGCCGAGGCGCCGGCGCCGAAGAAGAAGGAGAAGGCGGAGAAGAAGGCGCAGCCAGCUGCGGCAGCGACAGCAGCAGCAGCGCCAGCAGCCUCAAAAGCCGCACCGGCCGCCGCAUCGCCGGAGAAGAAGGAGAAGGCCAAGCCGGGCAAGAAGGAGCGCGAGGCGGCAAAGGCGGCCGCUGCCGCUGCUCCGCCAAAGGCCAGCGCCUCUUCCUCGAGCGCGCCGGAGCAGGCGGCACCAGCGCCCACAAACGACUGGAAGGCGGAGCGCGAGCGCAAGAUGGCUGCCGAGCGUGAGGCCAAGAUCGCCGCCAUCUCACAGGCCGCAGCGGCGCCGCCCAAGGCCAAGGCUGCUGGCGCCAAGAAGGGCGGCGCGUCCAAGGGCGAGCAGCGCCUGCUCUUUGCACCGGCGCCGCACUGGUCCACCACGCCGCUGCCGACGCUGCCUGCUGCGCCUGCCAGCGAGAAGAAGAGCAAGAAGGGCAAGGAGGCUGCGGCGCCGGCGUUCCCGAGCGACGAGCAAGUGGCCUCGCUGCACGCACAGGGCAAGGCCCUGCUCGAGGCCGACAACCGCACGUACAGCGAGCUCAUGUCGUCGGGCACGUCGAUUGCCGGUGGCGGCCUCGGUACUCUCUCCUCGAGCGACGCCAAAUUCAUCUCGUCGCUCCUCAGCGGCGGCGGCGCAGGCACGGGCGCCGGCGGCGGCACGCUCUCGGAUCGAAUCGCAGCCCUGACGCUGCUGGUGCAAAGCAGCCCGCUGCACAACAUGCACUCGAUGGAGAGCCUGCUCAGCAUGGCCAGCAAGAAGGGCCGCGAAGAGAGCGGGCGGGCCACGCGGGCCCUCGGCGACUGGCUCGCCUCGGCCGGCGGCCUGGGCGCACGCAAGCUGCGCUACUUCCGCGACCAGCCGAUGUUGCCAGCCGUCGCUGCGCUGCAGGGUGCCUCCUCAGCAGACGUCACAGCAGCCGUGCAGGGCCACCUCAUCCUCUACGCCUUCGAAGACGCCCUCAAGCACUUCUACUUUUCCUUCCUGCAGCUCCUCGAGGCGCAGACGCACGACACGCUGCCGUUUGUGCGCAAGCAGGCCGUGACGCAGACGUACGUGCUGCUGCGCGACAAGAGCGAGCAGGAGCAGAACCUGCUGCGCCUGCUCGUCAACAAGCUCGGCGACUCGGAGCGCGCGGUGGCGAGCAAGGCCAGUGGCCAUCUGCUCGAGCUGCUCGCGACGCAUCCGGCCAUGAAGGCCGUCGUCGUGCGCGAGGUGGCGCAGCUGGUGCUGCGUCCGCCGCCCAAGGUGGCGCCGACUGCCGCCAAGGACGGCGAGCCGGCAGUGGCCAAGUACAACACGCACGCGCGCUACUACGGCGUCCUGACGCUCAACCAGACGCUGCUGACGGCGCGCGACGAUGCGGUGGCGGCAAAUCUCGUCCACCUGUACUUUGAACUCUUCGAGAGCGUGCUGCAGGACUUCCAGAAGAGCACGGGCGGCAAGGAGGAGACGAUUGCCGAUGCCGAGGCUGCUGCUGCGGCAGCUGAGGAGGAAGGCGGCGCCGCUGGCGCAGGCAAGAAGGACAAGAAGGGCCGCUGGCGCGACCAGAAGGGCAAGAAGGGCAAGGGCGGCAAGGCCAACAAGGCGGGCGCAAACGACGAGAACAAGGCCGUCGUCGACGCCGAUGCCAAGAUGAUGGCGGCGAUCCUGACGGGCGUGCGGCGCGCAUUUCCCUUUGCCAAGCUUGACACGGAGAUCCUCGACAAGCACAUGGACACGCUCUUCCGCAUCACGCACUCGGGCACGUUCAACAUCUCGAUUCAGGCACUGCAGCUCAUCUUCCAGGUCGCCGUGGCGUCCAACGAAGGGCCCACGUCGACGACGGGCAACAUCGCCGACCGCUUCUACACGACGCUCUACAGCUCGCUGCUCGAUGCGCGCCUGGCGACGACGAGCAAGCAGGCCAUGUACCUCAACCUGCUCUUCAAGGCCCUCAAGGCCGACGACGACGAGCGCCGCUCCAAGGCGUGCGUCAAGCGCCUGCUGCAGACGACGCUCAACAGCGAGCCGCCGUGGAUCUGCGGCACACUGUUCCUGCUAGGCGAGCUCAUGAAGGCACGCCCGAGUCUGCGCGUGAUGCUGAGCGAGCCGGAAGACGAGGGCGAGGAGCGCUUCGUCGACCAGGCUGAGGACGACGAGGAGGCCGAGCCGAGCGCGCCUGCUGCCGAUGCUGCUGCUGCCACCACGCGCACCGAGGGCGGCACGGCGCUGCCCACGCGCUACGACGCACGCAAGCGAGACCCACGAUGGGCGGGCGCCGAGCUUACAUGCCUGUGGGAGGUGGUGCCGCUGCUCUCGCACUUCCACCCCUCGGUGGCGCUGCACGCCGAGCAGCUCCUGCUCUCGCAGCGCAUCAGCACUACGGCCGACCUGUCGCUCAACACGCUCGCGCACUUCCUCGACCGCUUCGUGUACCGCAACCCCAAGACGACGCACGCCAGCAAGGGCAGCAGCAUCAUGCAGCCUGCCGCGGCCGCCGCUGGGCCUGGAGGCGCAGGCGUCGAGACGAGCGUGGUGCGCACAAAGGGACAGGGCAUUGCGGAUGACGAGUACGUCAACUCGGAGAAGUUCUGGCGCAAGAAGGCGGGAGACGUGCCCGUCGACCAGCUCUUCUUCCACCAGUACUUCAACAUGCGCUCGGAGCGCACGGCCGCCGGCGCCAAGAAGAGCAGCAAGCGCAAGGAUGCAGGCUCGGACGACGACGACGCUGCUUCUGGCUCGGACGACGACGAGGCGGCCUCCGCCGCGUCUGGCAGCGACAGCGACUCGCUCGAGAUUGAGGGCGAGAACGACUCGUCGGACGAGGAGGCCGCUGGCGCAGAGGCGCUGCCGUCCGACGACGACUCGGACUUCUCCGAGGGCGAAAAGGAGAUCUGGGCCGCCAUGAAGCGCACGAUGCCGCGCGAGGAGGGCGACGAGGACCUGAUGCUCGACAGCGGCAGCGACGACGAGGACGACGAGGACAUCGAGGCGUACAACUACUCCGACUCGGACGCUGCCAGUGGCGCAGCAGAGGGUUCGGACGAGGAGGAGGACAUGUCGGGCUCGGACGACGACGGGCUCAUCAAGCUGGACGCGGGCGACGAGGAGGGCGUGUUCAGCGACGAGGAUGAAGACGACCUGCUGCCGUUCCACGGCUUCGACGAGCCCGCGGCCGCGGCGGCGCCGCGAGGCAAGAAGCGUGCCGCUGGCGACGAAGAGGAGGCGGAGGCAGAGGAGGCGGCCGGCAAGAGCAAGGCACAGCUGCAGCGCGCCGAGCGCAAGAAGCGCAAGGCCGCACCCAUGUUCGCCAGCGCCGAGGACUACGCGCAUCUCAUCGACAACAACGACGGCGAGGACAUGGCGUGAUGUGGCGUCUUUGUGCCACGCCUUCCUCGCCGCCUUGCUUGCACCACCUGCUCUCCUUGCGUCACGCUGCUCUGCUCUGCUCUGCUCUGCCCUGUACCACCGCGACCCCAUUUCCUCUCUUGCUGGAGCUCUGUCAUCGAGGGUCCGUCUCGCGCAGACGAUAAGCCGAAAGCAUCUAGUUCAACGAGUCGAUAAGUAGAGGAGGGAGAGAAGGGCGCAGCGAAGCGCUGCUUUUGCGGCAAAUUACAGUCGAAGCACAGAAGGUCUAGUUCUAGAGGCGGAGGCGAGAG